AUGGAAUGGAUUGGCCUCGAAGGGAAAAGAAAUGUCGGCGGACCAUCGAGAAAAUAUUAUUUAAUUAUUCGCAGUUGGAAUAAAAUAGGGGGAGUCGUUGUUUUUCUUUUCUUUUUUCUUUCUUUUUCCUUUUUUUCUUUCUUUUUUUCUUUCUUUUUUUUUCUUUCUUUUCUUUUUUUCUUUUUUCUUUUUUUCUUUUCUUUUUUCUUUUUUGUUUUCUUUUCUUUAGUCUCAAUUCUUCUUUCGAAUUAUUUCCAUGACACACGUUCUUUUUUUCGCUUUCCUUUUUCUUUCUCUCUCUCUCUCUUUCUCCUUAUUUUCGUUAUAUUUUUUCUGUUUACAGAUUUUUUUUUCUUAAAUUUUUCUUCCUUCGUCUUUUACAUAAUUUCUCUUUGUUCUUUUUUUUGUUUGUUCUUUUUUUUGUUUGUUUUUUUUUUUGUUUGUUCUUUUUUUUGUUUGUUCUUUUUUUUGUUUGUUCUUUUUUUUGUUUGUUCUUUUUUUUUGUUUGUUCUUUUUUUUCGUUUGUUCUUUUUUUUCGUUUGUUCUUUUUUUUCGUUUGUUCAUUUUUUCGUUUGUUCAUUUGUGUUUUUCGUUUGUUCAUUUGUGUUUUUCGUUUGUUCAUUUGUGUUUUUGUUUCGCUUUUAA